AUGCGUGAUGAAAAUAAAUGUCCACAAGAUGAAGUUUCAUUUGAAAUAAAUGAUAUGUCAAUUAAUCAAUUACCAACAAAUUAUCCAUUAUUAAUUAUUCAUUAUGAUCGAAAACAAUUACCUAAAGAUACUGAAGAACGUUAUUGUGACUGUCCAUCUUAUAUGAAACUUGAUGAUUUAACAAGAUCAUAUUUUACUGUGACGGAAAAUUUUUUGGGUGAGAUAUCACUUUUAAUUAAACCAAUAAUUAAUGAUGAAAAACGUCAAUCAAUAUUCAGUCGUUCAACGACACGAAAAAUAUUUAGCUUAUUAAAUAGUCAAUAUAUUAAUCAUGAAGGUCGUUCAAAAGUUCUUGAAGCAACACGUAGUCUUGGUGAACAUAUCUGUAUUGAUUGUAUUCGUCAUUAUCAAAAUCCUCAACUAUUAAAAGAUAAUCUUGAGGCAGCUAUUCGUUUACCAAGAGGUCAUUUUCCUGAACCAGCUAUGCAAGAAAAAGUAUUAAAAACAAUUUUAUUGUUUCUUAAAUGCUGCCAUCCAAUAACAUCCGGUGAAGAUCUUUUCGAAUCUAUGGCACAACUAGUACAAAGAAAGGAUCCAUAUGGCAUUCUUUCAAGUGUUCACGAUAUUGUCCAUUUACUUUCUAUUGCACCUUGUUGUUUUCAAAUGGUAGAACAAGCUGACAGCUCUUCAUCAAUAAAACUUAAAGCGGAAUUUCAAAAUUAUGAAAGUAUUCGUCGUGAAUAUGAUUCACGAAUUAUUAAAAUGACUAUGAGCAACGCGGAACGAUGGUCAUAUUUAUUUUAUGGGAAUAUGCAGCACGGUUUCGAAAUGGCAUCAAUAUAUCAAAAUUUACACACACCACAGUCCUUUACAACAGCAAUUGAACUGUUUUACUAUAUGGCAAAACAUGCUCAAGAUGAUCCGCAAACUGUAGAACAUUUAAAAGGCUAUUUUCAACUUUUGUCCAACAUUGAUUUGGAAAAAGAUGCUUCGCAAUGGUAUCAAUAUACAGGAGCAUUAAGCUUGCUUAAAAAAGUCUUAAACUUUUUAAUUAAUUUGCAUAAAUAA